ACUUUGCGGUCUUUGUACUCGUUUGACAGUUCGUGAUGCAGUUGACAUAAACCGUGCAAAAAAUACGUGUAGUGAUGAUCGUGGGCAAUGUUGGAGCGGCCGGGGCUGUCCCGGAUCUAGCACUUGAGCGCACGGGGCCCCUGCUUUAGUCGACUACGCCCCCGCAAGAAUGAGCGAAAAACCGAAUAAAAACGUGAGCGGGGCGGGUGCCUCCGCGCCCAACAAAAUGAGGCUUUAUGCGACUUGGGUCGACCGGACUCCCUCGAACUGUAUUCCGAGGCUUUGUUCAUUGACGCUGACAAGGCUGGUUGUUUUAAAGCCUUUAGGAUCAGAUCUAGCCUCUAUUUCUAUUGCCGUUAAAAUGCAGUCGAGCAAACGCACAUUACGCUCCAAUGAGCUGAUUUUGCCACCGAACGGUCUAUUAGACACGCCGUUGGAAUUAACUUUUUGUCUCCAAUAUCCACAUUUUUUGAAACGGGAGGGCAACAAGCUGCAUAUUUUGCUCCAGAGGCGGAAACGGUACAAGAAUCGCACAAUGCUCGGGUUCAAAACACUAGCAGAAGGGAUUAUCAGAAUGGACCAAGUUCUGCAAAGGCAAAUGGACAUGGAGCUGGAACUGCACCCGGAAGGGGGCGGCAAAGACAAAGAGAAGGGACCCGUGGCCCGCUUGAGCGUCCUGCAACUGAGCUCGACCCCGGUCGACCAAGAGCACAAAACGGACCGAGACCACGACUUCAGCGACGACGACGACGAAAUCAGCUCAGGCGAGGAAGAAGUUGCCGAUUUAUCCGACAGCGAACCGAUCCGAACCAAACUCCCACACACUCGUCACAAUCUCAAGCAACGUUUCGUCUCUCUGUUGCGCCGCUUCAAGGUGCCCGACAGCGAGGGCGGUCGAAGCGCCGACUUGUCCAACCCUAGCGACAUCCAAGCUCUCUUUCAAGAACUCGAAUCGCUGAGUUGCGACGAAGACUCGGCCGGCGAACAAGACACCAUGUCCAUAUCGAGCACGCCAAAGCCGAGCCUUCGGCCGUUUUUCAGCAGUAGCAAGAGUUUGUUAGACUCGAAUCAGACGCAUUACAGCGAAACCGAGAAAUUUAUCGACGACAAAGCGUCCGGAAGCGACGGAAAUGCGGAUAUUUUCACGGAUCAGGAAGCGCAGUCGGAUCCACAGACCGGCUCGCCGCCCAGAGAGCAAACGGCGACGCUUCGAGCGAAGUUGUCGGGGGAUAACGAUUUUGCGAAUUUGAUGCAAGAGUUGAAUGAGAGGAAGUCGAAGUUGUUUAGGUCGUCGGCGUCUUCCGGUAAAAAGAAGAACUCGUUGAGUGUCAGUUCCGACGCUCCGGUGCCCGAAACUGUUACGGCGCGGAAAAUUUUUCUCGAGCAAGUCACACGAGUUCUUCCCCUGGAAGAAAACGCUCUCCCGGAAGCUGUGGUAUUAAUUACAGGCCCUGACAGUAUUACUGGACCAUUAUCAGCCCGUCUCACGCAUCAUCGGAUUUUCCUUCCAUUAUCAUCAGUCGAAGUUAAAGCAGUCCUGACUGCGGUUUUCAACAAAAUUCACAAAUAUUGCAAUAGCUGUCCCAAACCGGGCAGCUUUGUUAAAUUAAUCCUGAUUGGUGGAGACACUCUCCUCGGUUGGGUCAUCCGACCUUACGUCGAACUUUUAUCAAGUAAGCCGCCGGAAUGGUUGAAUUACACAAGAAUUUACAUAAUUCCGGUCGGUUCUUGCGGGAUUACAAAACACCUCGGUAACUUAGACCAGGGUUAUGCCUCUUUAUUCCCCUCAGACCAGGAAUUAAAAAUCGACGAAUUGGCCGGGCGGCUACAACGGUACUUAUCAGUACCAUCAUCGGCUCCGGUUGCGCAGCUUCCUCUCGGGGAGGCGAUGCUCACCUGUCAGGACGACUCCAGUCAACUCUUCGUCCCGUUUGUUAACGAGGUGCGUGUGGGUCCCGCCGAAUCAGCAUUAUCCGUAUCUGUAGAUCUUGAAGAUUUGAUGUGUUCCAGUCCCCCUGCCCCCUCCCUAACUCCCCCAUCGUCCCCCAACGUGCAAACGCGCGACUCGCCCUGGGAGCCCCUCGAAUUGCAAUUAGACUAUUGGCAAAGCCCCAAAAGUACUGAACCUCAAGCCGCAAAGACUGACAAAACCAAACAAGACGGUAAAACUUCACUCAAAGGACUGUUCCGGGGCCUUCAAGCCUCGCCGGGGCUCAACGUCACCAUGCACUUGGCGAAUAAGGAGAAAAAACAGAAAAUUAUGAGACUGGGUAAGAAGAAGGAGAAGGAGAAGGAUGCCGAGCCUCGCAGUCAGACUGUGGAGGGAAUUUCGAGGUUGAUUUGUUCCGCGAAAGCGUCCCACAACACGCCGAUGAAAGUUUAUGUGGACGGCGUGGAGUUUAACGGAGUUAAAUUCUUCCAGUUGAGUUCGACUUGGCAAACGCACGUUAAACACUUGUCGGUGGCUCUGGUAGGCGUGCCAUUGGCGAGUGCCGAAGUGAAUUCGAUGUAACAUAAGACGACCUUCCCGUUUUUUAAAUCCGCCGCUUUGCUUCCGUGUCUCGUUCCCGCGAUGCAUUCAUCGCUUCUAGUCAAGGUCAAAUCCAUCGUAAUCCAACCGUUGACAAUACAUCCAAAUAAGGCUCAAAACUCUUGUUUGAAAAAAAGAGAGGAAACUCACGUUAAGAAUACUCCGUAUAUGUGAUAUAGUUUAUAGUCGUCGUUAUCGAUAAUGCUUGAGAUUUUUUCAGAAAAAAUCAAUACUUUUUUACAUGCUAAGAUUUAAUCAUUUUUAAUAAGCACAGCAAGAUUUUUUUGUGGCCAAACCACUUUUAUAUGAUAUAACGUAUUCGGGUUUUACACACCAUUGGAACGCGUUAACAUGCCGCCCACUUUAAGCUUAGGGGAAGUGGUGUGCAAGACCUCCAUAUCAGCAUUUUGCAUAAAUACCAAAGCGAGAAUUUGUGUUAUUUGACGGAAAGUUGUUUAUAUUAAUGUGUAGGUUUCUGGCAGUCAUUUACUCCGUGGAGUAAUUGCUGGGAAUAGUUCCAUGUCAAAUCAAAUCUUGUUGGGAAUGUUGAAAGGAUCUCACGUUGAUUGUUGAACUGUGAUGUGUGAACAUAGGAAAUUGAUAUAAAUGAAAACGCCGUGCGACUGUGAUUUUAACGCAGCUCAUUCCAACUUGUUAGUUAGAUGGGUGUUCUCUCAUUUUAUCUCAUUUGGAAUGUGCAACAAGUUUUAGAACAUCCAUCUUUAGGACAUCAGUGUUUGAUUGUAAAUGAUAGAUUAGAUUAUCUGUUGUAUAAAUGCAAUAAUGUCUGGAAUUAGUAUUGUUUAUAUAUAACUGCAUACAUAUAAAUAAACAUGAAUAUGUACUUUUA